AUGCCAUUCCAGAAGCACCCAAGGGGUGGGGGAGAAGGCGCGGGGGGUGGGGGAGGGGAUGGGGGUGGGCUGGGGGGAGAAGGCGGGGGAGGAGAGGCAGGAGGGGAGGGAGGAGGAGAGGGAGGAGGGAAGGGAGGAGGAGAGGGAGGAGGGGAGGGAGGAGGAGAGGGAGGGGAUGGAGGAGGAGAGGGAGGGGGUGGAGAGGGGGGAGGAGGAGGAGGAGGGGGAGAGGGAGGAGGUGAGGGGGGAGGUGGAGAAGGAGGAGGGGGAGAGGGAGGAGGUGAGGGGGGAGGAGGAGAAGGAGGAGGCAAGGGUGGGGAGGGAGGUGAGGGGGAGGGGGGGAGUCGGGGGGGGAAGGUGGGUUUGGGGGGGAGUCGGGGGGAGAAGGUGGGGGAGGGGAGGAGUCAGGGGGAGAUGGGGGGGGUUGGGAGGAGCCGGGGGGAUAAGGUGGGGGUGAGGGGGAGUCAGGGGGGGAAGGGGGAGAUGGAGGAGAAGGGGGAGAGUCGGGGGGUGAAGGCGGGGGAGGGGAGGAGGCAGGGGGGGAAGGAGGGGGUGAGGGGGAGUCAGGGGGGGAAGGCGGGGAUGGAAUGGAGUCGGGGGGAGGAGGGCGGGGUGGUGGGGGCGGGGAGGAAAACGGUGGGGAAGGAGGAGGGGGGGAGGGGGGUGGGUCCGGUUCGGCAGAACGAGCUACAGUCGUCCACGCUCCUCUGCCCUUCCAAACCUAGCACCGAGCCUGAUGCUGCUGUUGCUCCGGUCCCUGUCAGAUCAUACACAAGGCAGUUCCUCCCCACGCUCAGCGCCACCGAACCUGCAGCUCCGGUGCUCUGGAUGGUUCCCGAGCCUGGGGCGGAGGUUUGGGAGAGCAGCGGCAUGCCCUGGGUGUCUACGAUGCUUGCCGGACCAAAGAAGUAG